ACUCCUCGAAAAACGCGUAGUAUGAUGUGUGUGAUUGUUGACGCCAUUUUAUUGGGCAUUUUAUUGGGCUAUCAUGGCGUACUCAUCUAAUCGUCAUCUCACUGCUCUGCUAUCAACUGUUCUAAUCAUAAUACUAACCGACCAAAUCUGUCAUUCUUUUGGUUCCCCAAUAAAGCCAAAAGGUGGCGCAAGGCCGCAUGACAUUACCGAACGGUCUGAACUUACGAAGUUAUACAACAAGCAAGUGGUGCGGGCUGAGAGAGUAAGGAGACCGUUGUGGGGACUCUUCAGGCAUGAAGGCGUGAGGAUACAGACAGCUGGAUCUGAAUCUGAACCUGGGAGAUCUUGGCUGAUUCACAAAGGGAAAGGCUAUGGCUCCAGCCAUCAAACUGUGGUCACCGAUGCCGAGCAUAUGUCCAAUAAAUGGAAGGUGGUGGAGGGAAGGCCAGUCGAGGGCAAAACGGUAGCAGACUUUAUCAAAGCUGGUGGCCGUGACUACAACUUACUGACCGAUAACUGUCUGGAUGCAGCCAAGAACAUGAUGAAGCAGACCGGCUAAUGGACUGAAAGGCGACUCAUUUUUCUUGCUUUAUUCCUUCCGGGUAGAAAUUAGCAAAAGUUUGCAAUUAUAGCUCAUUAUUUAGAUAUAUAAGUUGCUUUGAAUAGAUAGGAAAUUGCCAACCCUAUUGAUGCUACCCAGUUGUAGCCGGCUUAAUGACAAUAUUGUUAAUCUCAAACUAUCAAUGUACUAUCAGAGGCCAAUUUAACACAUACGUUUGCAAACUGUAUAAAACGUAAACAUUUCUGGACUGAUAUUUUUGAAAUAACUUCAGAAGUUAUUAAUACAAAACUGGACCCAGACACAAAAUUAAUAAUACUUGGAAUAUCAGAACAAAGUUUAACACUCACAACAAACCAAAGAAAUUUCCUCGACUACAGUAUAAUAAUCGGGAAAAAAUUAAUAUUAAAAUUUUGGAAAGGGCCUACAACCCCCACAAUUAAAAUGUGGAUUACGGAAAUGUCGGAGACCCUAUACUUAGAAAGAAUUAGACUCGUCUUAAUGGACAAACAAGAUCUUUUCGAUAAAAUCUGGGCUCCAUUCAUUAACUAUCUGAAGGGAUAGAUUGGCACAGCAAUAGGACCCAACUGAAACUUGCUCAGGAUUAGAUGAAAAGCUAUACUUUAUAAUCUACGAACCUAUCUCCAUUGACGAAUUACACGUAACCCAUUCCACCUCUUCCGUUUUUCUGUUUUUUUAAAUUUGUAACUUUCUACCCUCUCUUUCUCUCUCUUUCUAUAAAAAAUAAAAACACUAGAAGCAGAAGUAAUUGAUAAUUGAAAAUUUUAAUAAUGUAUGACUGAUGUAUAUGAAAAGUCUUUUUACUAUAAUAUGUAACUAUACUUUAUAAUAUGUCUACUUCUAAUAAAAAUAUAAAAAAAUAAAUAAAAAAAAGAAUUGAGCAAAAGUUUGCAAUUAUAGCUCAUUAUUUAGAGAUAUAAGUUGCUUUGAACAGAUAGGAAAUUGCCAACCCUAUUGAUGUUACCCGGUUGUAGCCGGCUUAAUGACAAUAUUGUUAAUCUCAAACUAUCAAUGUACAAUGUAAUAGUAUAUACAAGCAAUAAAAUAUUAAAAUGCACCUCA